GUUCUUUUCGAUCACUUUAUAAUUAGGCUCAAGCGAAUCUUGUCCAGUUGCACUUGCACGCACAUGACACAUGCUAAUCAUCCAUUCAUCCUCAGAAAUCUGAAGGUAUUUCUAUUCCCAUUAACACGAACCAUGAAUGGGCAGCAUCGCGUAUCCGCUGUGAUAUUCGACUUGGAUGGCACCCUUUUGAACACAGAAGUAGUUAAUGAGGAGAUAUUGAAGGAAGUUCUUGUCAGAUAUGGGAAAGUGAUGGAUAUGGAAAAGGAGAAGAACAAGGUAGGAAUGUCACACCGUGACUCAACUAUUGCAACUGUCAAAGAUUAUCAUCUUCCAAUUACACCUCAACAACUCUCCCACAUCAUCACUCCUAUGUUUCAUCACAAGUGGCUGCAAGCCAAACCACUUCCUGGUGUUAAUCGUCUGAUGAAGCAUCUCCAUAAGCAUGGAGUUCCAUUUGCACUUGCUUCAAAUUCAAGAAGCAAGAGUAUAGAAAUCAAGUUGUCCUCCCAAAGAGGUUGGAGGGAAUACUUUUCAACAAUUAUUGCAGGUGAUCAAGUCAAAUCAGGGAAACCAUCUCCAGACCUGUUUUUGGAAGCUGCAAAUAAAAUGGGUGUGGAUUCAUCUUCCUGUCUCGUGAUAGAAGAUUCUAUUGUAGGUGUUAAAGCUGGGAAGGCUGCAAAUAUGCAAGUGGUAGCAAUUCCAUCUACUCAAAGUGAAUCAGAUCAAUUUUUAAUUGCUGAUUAUGUAAUUCAUUCAUUUCUAGAUUUUCAACCGGAGUUAUGGGGACUCCCACCAUUUGAGGAUUGGGUGAUGAAAGCAUUGCCAAUUGAACAGAUUCAUUUCAGGGGAUCAUACUUAAAUGGAUUUCUGCAUGAAAUUUCAGAUAUUGGAGUUUAUCUUUCUGGUCAAGUCUGGGGUAUCUUUUUUGGUUGGGUUGACGUUGACUCGCAAAAGAGAUUCAAGAUUGUUGUUAGCAUCAGAUGGGACCAUAGUCGUGGCUCUUUUAGGAGAAACAUUCAAGCUUGUUUAAUCAAUGGAAGUGAUGAACCAACUAGUGAUCAGCCAAUGCAAGUAGCACUUGUUGGUUACAUCAGAGGAUUUCAUACCGAGCGAGAUCCUUCAGCUGAUGCUCAGAUACUUGAUCAAGAUAAGUCGAUUGCAGAAGCUUGUUUGGACUUAACAGCAUAUAGCUAUCACAGGAGUAGCCUGGCCUAACCAUUCAAGAACUUCUAUUGUUUAGCUGAGUCAAACUUCCGGACUGAUCAUUACAUUUCAAAUGGAUUUACAUCGACUCGGAAAGUAUUCUUCGGGAUAACAAAAUAUUCUGUGUUGUUUAUUUUAACAUGGGGAACUACGUGUUGAACUUAUCUUCAAUGGUGUUUUCAUUCUGGACUUUGUGCCUGUAAACCUGACUUCCUUUAAGUGUUUCAUUUGAAACAAGCCUCUGAUGGAAAUCAAAUAAAACCGGAUUUACAA